UCUAUUUCACCUACAGCAGCUACCAUGAAAUGGCCAGAUUCGCCUGACGGCCUCAACGCGGACUGGGUCUUCGCCAACGGCUCCAACGUGCAUGUAUGCAACGAUCGGAGGUGGUUUGCCGAGUUUGUAGCCUUUCCUAGCAGCGCUGAAUCAGCUUAUUUUGCCUCCGAGAAGCUAUCUGUCGUCGGCGUUGGAACCGUCAAUCUACCCGUCAAGCGAAGCCCUAAUCUUAGGGGAUCACGAGCCCAUCACCUCCUUCGUCUUACAGAAGUGCUUUACAUACCUUCGUCGGUAUGCAACAUUAUUGGUUUCCCCAUUUAUGAUAUCAUCGAUGGCGUUAGCAUGGGCGGAACAGAGAAGAGCAGGGGCGUCAUGACUGAUGCUAGUGGCAAGCCGCUUGCCUAUUUCUCCCCUGAUACAGAGACCAGUUUGGCUUGUCUCAAACUUAGUGGUCCCCCUGUUGGUCCAAAGCUGGCACCUUCCAAAUUACAAUCUGAUGUGGUGUACGUAUUGAGUGUUAUAUGGCCGGAUAAUGAGAGAGCACGAUGGAAGUCUCUCGACCAACAUACCAUGGCAGACAACCAGAAGCGCCAAUGGGUUGGAGAGCAACCGUACACCGCAGAGGAAAAGAAGUGGCUGAAGAAGCACUAUGGAGGGGAAUUUAAGUUUCUAUGUCUGUAUGGAUUGAGCAUCUACAAUGAAGAGGAUCGGGCAGAAGGCCGAGCCAUCAUGCGCACGCUCUCGAGAGCUGACGAGAGUAACGAUGAGAAUGAUGGAGGAGAUGAUGAUGACCAGAAGGGAAAGGACGAAGACGAGGACGAAGACGAAGAAGAAUUCUGCGAGGAAGAUGACGAAGAGGAUGAAGAAGAAGAGGAUGACUCGGAUCUAGAAAACCAUCUCGCCGAUUACCACUUCAACGAAGAAGAACUAGACUGGAUUGAGAAACACUAUCAAAACUCUGCGACCUUCAUGAUUUCAUACGGUCUUAAGUUCUAUGACGAUGAUGACUGCGCAACAGCUAAACAGCUGGUUCAAGACUUUUUGGGCGAAUAAAAGGUGGUGCCAUGCUUUGUACCGACUCAAGCCUCUGCCGGUUAGAUUAACAUCAGAUUGUGAAGUAAAAGAUGAAGAAUGUAAUGGAGCUCUUAAAAAAAGGAAGUUUGACAUCUGAUAGUAUUGAACUACCCCUAUUAGGUAUUUUAUUUGCUUUGUCUUAUUUUUGUUACUACUAAUUGUCUUUUCUCUUCUUAUUCACCGAAAAUAGAUACCGUCUCUUU